UUUGAUAUACCAUGAAACGUGUUAUUAUUUGUCUGUAAUAGCAUUUUAAUUAGAAAGUGAAAUAACUAUUAUAGUUGUUAGUUUUCUACGACUCUGAUAUUUAAUUUUAUUAACAGAAUUGAUUAUAGCAGCCAACUAUAUAUAAUACAGAUAAUUUGCAAGUAUAAUAUAUAUAAAUAAAAAUAAAAAACAAUCAAUAUAAAUACAAUAAUAUUCUGCAAAAAUAUGAUUAUGUUAACAAAUUCCAAAUAUGUUUUACCCUUGACAUCCAAUGCGCAAAAUAUGUGCCAAAAACUUAUUAAGAGACAUAUCUCAAAGGCUGAUAAAAUAAAAAAGUUAAUGAAAGAAUAUAAAUCAGUGUUUGGCGAGUUAGUUGAAACAAGUGCUGAAAAGAAAAAGAGACUGAAAUUGGAAAAGAAAGGAAAGAUUCCGCAACAAAAAUCAAAUACGACAGAUGCAGAACUAUCAUGGGUUAUGAAAAAUUGUGGCAAUAAUCUGAAAAAAAUCAAUUUAUCUAUAAAGUCACAAGAUGAACUAGUAGAUCCUCAUAAAUUUAGUAAUGUGAAAACUAAAAGUUCAAAUAAUCCAAAUAUUGAACAUGAUUUUUAUUCUGAAUCUAAUCCAGUUUUGCAGAAGGUAGAAACUACUAAUCCAUCAUGUAAUUUAUCUACCAUUACAGGAGAUAUUAACAGUAACCAUAAUAAAAAUAUUCCAAAUUUAUCUAGUACUGAUUGUACGAUUACAAAGUAUGAUGUUCCUUCUAAUUUUGAAAGAUUGCCUGACAUUAUUAUAAAAAAUUUACCAUCUUUUCCGAUUAUGGGCAGCGAACAAAAAUCUUUCACACAGUUAACAGAAGUAUUAUCUAUAUCUGGACAUAAUGAUCCAGAAACAAUAAAAUUUCCUAGCGUAACUAAGAUUCUUGCACAAACUAUGCCCUUAGAAUCAAAAUUGGCUUUAGAGGCAUGGAAGGAAAAAAUGAUAAAAGAACUUGGACCAGAGGGAUUCGAAAUGCAUCAGAAAGCAUUAUUAGAGGAUGGCGCAUCUCUGCAUUCGUGUAUAGCGCAGAGAUUGCUGGGGAAAGAAUAUGAAGUUCCUUUGAGGAUCGAACCGGUUUUUAAAAGCGUCCAACACAUUUUGGAAGAUGUGCAUCACGUAAAGGCGAUCGAGACACACGUAGCUCACAACAAAUUACGUUAUAAAGGCGUAAUCGAUUGCAUAGCCUCCUAUAGGGGUAAAAAUUACGUAAUUGAUUGGAAGAAAUCAGAUAGGAAGAAAUUGAACUUGAAAGCAACGUACGACGCGCCUGUACAAAUUGCUGCGUAUAUUGGAGCUAUCAAUGCUUCUAAUCUAUAUCCUUUUGUGUGAUCAUAUCUACUCUUGGUUCUUCAGAUAAAACAUGGAUUGCUUGUGAUUGCUUACACGUGCGGCACACCCGCUACAGUAUACGAGGUGCGCGACAAUACGCUGCAGCAAUACUGGGCAGCAUGGUUACGUCGGUUGCAGGAAUAUUAUUCCGAAAGGACGAGCAAUGAUGACAACAAGAGCAGUAGCCAAUAAAACGCUAAUGUGCCGA